AUGACCUUGCCGCCGCUGCGAGAGACCUUCGCCAGGAAAAAGGCCAAGAUCCUCAGCCAGCUGGCCAUGCCCGACGCAGACUAUGCGGACGCCUCGCCCAAGGGCUCCGUCGACGCCGGCAUUCGCCAGCUCAUUCGCGAGAUCAACGGCUGCGCGGGACUCGUGACCACGAGCAGCUGCGCGGGGCGCGCGAGCGUCUACCUCGAGGGCAGGAAGACGAAGACGAACAAGACGAAGAGCGCAGAGGCGGCUCUCGCUAGUACGAGGCCGGGGGGAGAGGCUGCUGCUGAUGGCCACGGCGACGGUGUUGCUGCUGCCGUUGAGGAGGAGGAGGACGACGAUGGCCUUGAGCGGGCGGCGGCCGGCAGCGGCUCGUCGGCGGGCGGCGGGAAGGGCGGUGGACAGUGGCUGUUUGUGUCGCAUCACCCACUGGCGUUUGCCGGUAACGGGAACGACGACGGCGAGAUCUACGCGGCGCUGCUGGGCCUCAGCAGCGGCGACGAAGCCACGGAGCCAGUGCGGCUGCUCUCGACGGAACGUGUAGAAGAGGAUAAGGGAGACGUCAGUGCCGCGUCCAGACUGAUUCGCUUCAAGUUCGAGCCCAUGAUACUGCACGUCUUGACGGCGUCGCAUGAGCACGCGCAGCUGGUGAUCCAGGCGGGGAUGGAAGCCGGGUUCCGCGAGACAGGCGCCGUCAGCCUGCUCGGCCGGGGCCAGCGCGGCCAGCAGCAGCAGCAGCCCGACGAAGAACCCUCGCCCAUGGUGGCAGUGCGGUGCAUGGGGCUCUCGUUCGAGUCACUGAUCGGAGCUGAGGAGACGGACGGCCAACGCUACAGCCUUGUGAGCUCGGCGUACCUGCGGCUUCUCGUGCGGAUCGCCAACGAGCGGUUCAUGGAGAACGAGAAACGGAUAGCCCGUUUCCAGGCGGCUCUGCGAGCGGCAUUCGCAGCGCCUCUAUCCAAGGAGGCGGGAGGAGAGUGGGAAGACGCCGAGGUCCGCAGGGAACGCAAGAGAGAGGAGGGCUUGAGGAGGAGGGACCAGCUCAAGAAGCAGCAGCAGGAAGAAGGGGAGAAAGAGAUGGCACCAAAUAUCUCAGUGCUAGGCGUCAUCUUACAAGAACGUGAUCUUCUCUAA